AUGUUUUGCAUCUAUUCUUUUAUAGCAUUCAUUUGUUUCUUAGGAGUUUAUUCUGUAACAGAUUUUAGACAUUUAUCAACAGAGUUGUAUUUUGAUCAUCUUUCACCAAAGGAACAGUUUCUUCAAGAAUUACAAGAUCAACCACUUUAUAAGAUCACUGGUUUCAAUUUCCAACCUACUAAUCCUGGAGUUCUUCCUUACGAUACACCUAUUCUUGAACAAUUGAACAAGUUAGUUCAUUAUGAUCCAAGCCAACCCAUACCCAAGACAAUCUUGCAAAUGUGGAAAGUUCCGCUUGAUCACGAAGAAUUUCCAAAGGAAUUUAAACAAUAUAUCCAAACAUGGCGUGACAAGAGUCCUGAGUACGAUUACCAUAUGAGGACUAACGCUGAAAUUGAUGUUAUGAUAGAGGAAUUAUACAAGGAUAUUCCACAAAUUCUUCAUGCAUAUAAUAUAUUACCAGAAAUUAUGCUCAAAUGUGAUUUUUCAAUUUACUUACUCUUGUUUGCAUAUGGUGGAACCUAUGUAGAUUUGGAUGCUGUGUUAUUAAAACCCAUGAAUGAUUGGAUCUCAAGUCAAAAACUGUAUUUGAGUAAACCAUUAGAUCUAGGAAUCAUAGUGGGUGUUGAAUCUGACAGAACAUUCCUUUCAGAAAAAUAUCAUGGUCCUAGGGUUCAGAUCAACACCUGGACAAUUUCUGCGAAAAAGGGACAUCCCAUGCUUGCUGAACUUAUUAGUAAUAUUACUGAAUAUACUUUGUGGAGAGAAGAAACAGGCACAUUGAAUACUAUAUUGGAAGCUAAUGAAGUGUUUCAUAUUAUAAAUUGGACCGGACCAGGAAAGUUUACUCAUAUGGUCUACAAAGCUUUAAACAAUAUUCUUCAGAGUGAUUUCAAUAACUAUGAAACUUUAAUUGAUGCUUACUUCUUUGGAAGUAUCAGGCUUCCAAUUGUUAUUGGUGAUAUAAUGGUCUUACCAGUGACCUGUUUACAUGCGGAAAAGAACCUGAAAUGGAAAGCAGGAAAUGUUGAUGACCCCUUAGCAUAUGUCAAACACAUUGGGCUGGGAGUUUGGAAGAAAAAGAAAAAGACCAACAAGAAAGCUAAAGCAGAUUCAACGGCCAAGAAUACUUAA